UUAUGUUUUCCAGAUUUUUGUAUAUUUUGAGAGAAAUCGCCUUCAAAUAACCCCCAAAGAAAAUAGAUCUGGCUCAAAAUGGCCUGCAAUUUGUUUUGUUCGUUUGAAGACCUGACCGUUACCCCUGGAGAACAAAUAGUAUGCUCUGGAAAAGUUGUUCCAGUGGAGAAAUGCCGAAAUCCCGGCACUCCAACACUGCGGUUGUACUACAGGGAGCUUUCAAAGCACCCGAACAUCAAGAAUGCAGUGGGUGAGAAGUCUAGCCUGAUUGUUUACGAGUACCAUCUGAUCAUGGCCAGGGCUGGCCUCUUCUAUGAAGGCACUGAAGGCUUGAACAUCUGUAAGAUCCACCGUGAUAAGCUCGGCUGGAAGUGGCAGCGUCCAGAUAAGAGUUGUUAUCAUCCGGAGCACGAAACGUGGUCCAAAACUGUACGCUCUUAUGAACGAACCCUCGGUGUCAACGUUGUCACGCUUGAUCUCUCCAAGAAGUUGUUUAGAGACUACGGAACGCUAUUGCCAAUUGGGACAGGAAUCUGUGACGUCUGCUUUAACAAGGAGAAGGUGACCUUCAGAAUGCCGUGUGAGGAUGUUGGCGAGGCCUUCACAACGUCGUCAUUCGAAGCGGACGCACAGUUCAAUUUGAAGCAUGAAAUGCCGAGAAUCGCCAAUAAAGAAGAAGCAGAGACCGGCUUUGUCGAAGUUGAAUCCGAGGCGUACCCGAUAUGUCUGACUAAGGUGAACCCUGAUGGCUCAGGUUUCAUUGAAACCGAUGGACACUUUGCAAGCUCCUGUGAGCUGAAUGAAAACGGUGUGGAAAAUACUAUGAUGAGUGACAAAAGUGGUCUUGUAGCGAGCACCAGCUCAGAGUCGGACUUGAAAGAACCCAGCGAAGAGGUCGAGGGAAGUCUUUGUAACAUUGUGUUCCACGUGUGUACGAGCUGUCUACAGGGUUUUGAAUCUGAGGAGGAAUUGAAGGAACAUCGCGUGAAGAUGCAUGGGGAGAAAGUCCCCCAGGAGGGGGAUUCCAAAACCCACAAGUGUGAGGUUUGCUCCGAGACAUUUGACGAUUACGUUGAUCUCUGCACGCAUCACUUUCUGAAACAUCAUGUCGACGAUUCGCAGCAAAAUCAAAUAGUUGAGGUUACUGGACUGCAGGGAUACACAAACAAGAAACGUAAACAUUGCAAUCGUGACGCCGGACCAUCUCAGAAACGUAUUAUUACUCAGGGGCAAGAUCCAAAUUGUGCGCUAACAGAGAGCGAGUUAGACGCAAUGUUUGAAUUCCUCGUCCCGUCGGUGCAGUUGAAAGUAAAUUUCUCCGCGUGGGACCACACUUGUCGAUUCUGUCACAAGUCGUUCAUUGAAUAUGAACCGUAUCGUUUGCACUUGCGCACGCACCGCAUCGACGGAAACAUAUCAUGUCCGAUCUGCGGAGAUGAGUUUGAGUGCAUGCGAUUGUUGUACGAGCACAUGAAAGCGCACGAGGAGGAAAACAGCGCCAUAAAAUCGCGACGAGGAAAGCCGAAAUUUUGCGACCAUUGCUGCUACAUCUUUUCUGAUUCGUUUAUAAAGACGCGCGGGUGUCUCAUCGAAGGAAAGGAGCACAGCGAAGUUGCUAUGAGUCAUGUUUGUGUUUUUUGUAUUGCAGCGUGCAGCUGUACGAUGGAUUUCCCCGCGGACGGAUUCCUCCCCGUGCCCUAUCGCUGCGAGGUCGCGCUCUGUUUCGCAGUGUUUCAGCUUGAAAGCGACAUGGCGCUACACUGUUAUUACAACCAUGACGAGUGUCACAUCUGCGGGUACCAUAUUCCGAACAUGCAGAAGGAUUCGAGAAAAGAUCGUUGUGACAUUUACGAGGAUCAUCUCCGGGUCACGCACAAAUGUCCCAAAUGUGGCAAAAUGUUCAAAAUUCAAAAAGAGAAAACGCGUCAUAUCUUAGAGGAGCAUAAACAACCACAGAAAAAGGUCAAAGGGCGCCCCUCGAACAAGAAGUGCUAUAGUUGUGGCGCCACCUUUAAGAAAAUUGAGGAGAAGAAACAACACGUCGAAUCAUAUUGUCCGGUUUUGAAGAAGAAGACGCGCGUUCCGAAACAUUUCGAGGGGAUGGUUAUGCCAGAGGGGCAAGGCAGUGACGUCAAAGCCGUCCCGCUGACCAUACAGUUGAAUAAUCGUCGCGGUCUGGUCUACCCGAAGAAGUUACACAAUCCGUUUGUUUGUCUUUUCUGUAUGAAUCUUCUGAAGACGCAGCUGGAUUUCGACGUUCAUAAAGUCACUUGCAAACCUAUUCUGAAAUGUACGAGCUGCGAAAUGAAUUUGCGCGAAUCUGAGGGGUUUGAUUUUCAUGCGCGUUCCUGUGAGAAUUGUCGCACAUUUUCUUGUGUGAUGUGUAGGAAGUUCACCGGUGAACCGGAAGUCGCUUUUGAACAUGCGCGGCUAUGUAAGAAAAAGAGUUCCUUCAUGAUGGCGAUUUGUACAAAAUGUAAACAGCGGGUGUCAUCGUAUGAGGAUGCGCAAAUCCACCGGUGUCCGACCAUCGAGGAGGUUUGCGAGAAAAAACAAGCGUUGGUUGGGAAGAAGAAAAAGGAAGUUGAUAGCAAAACGGCAGUGGAAACCAAAAAGUCGAAACCGGCGGUGAUUCCGGGAGAGUAUCGUUGCCGAUACUGCGGUUUGAAUCUCCCGCGGAAAGUCAGUUCACACGAGUUGUACUGUACGUAUAAUACCGCCAAAAGUCGGCGUAUGAUCUACGGUUGUGACUAUUGUAAUGUUAAGUAUAACACGCGGGACGAACGUGAUGUGCAUUUGAUGACGUGUCUGCGCGGGAAAUGUGACUUUUGUCAUGAGAAUUUCGGGAACGAGGGACACCGGAUCAUGCAUAUGCGUGGUUGUCAUUACAAACCUAAGACUAGUACCUUUUGAUGACGAUAAGAUUACGAUACUUUGAAAUAGUAACAUUGGGCCUGAAUUAUUUCGAUAGGUAAUCGGGAUUUGCGGGAAAUAUGAUUAUGUCACAGUGCAAGAGUUCUUGAUUAUACUUAUAGCUUAUAGCACUGUAGUCAAGUUGUGUAUUAAGUGCAUUCACUGCCAUGCAUGCUGAUGUCCAGCAGAUGUACUAGGAGAUUAUGGUAUACUGUCGAUUAUUAAAUUUUUGGGAUUAUCCCUAAAAAUUGUUGAUGCAUUUGCACAGGCAUCAUUGGCUGGGGAGCGGGGCAAAUGGCCCUGCAGAAGUCACAAUCAAAAUAAGUUUUUGACCGUGAUUUUGGCCGAAAAUUAUCUAAAGUGACCAAAAAGUUGCUAAUGCUAUGCCCCCGAUUUGAACAGAGCGAUAUCAAAUGUUAAAAUACCUCUCAUCAGCUAUCCUCACUGCCUUUAACUCAUUCACCUAUUUGUGGAGUUGUCAAUGUUUGUAAAUAUUCAUUAAUGUUUUAUGAUAUGCUGUACAUACUUUAAAUAGCAUUCCGCGAAGUUACUAUUUAUAGCUCACAAGGUCAUUUG